ACAACAACGAAUCAGAAAGCAAGUAGUUACGCCCCUUUAUCACAGGAGUAAAAUUUAAAAUUUCCAAUAUGGAGACUUAACGCAAAACGGCUACACCUGACCGGCACGGCAGUCUUGAAGAAAUUGCAUUUCUAUCUGAUUUUUGAAGCAAAGCUCCUAUAAUGAUCCGGUUUCGGAGCAAAGUCUGCUUAUCAGCAGCCCUGCGCCUGCGACCAAUGAGCACCAAUAUACCACAUGAAGAAUACAGCGAUGAACCACAAUACCCACCAAUUAAAGACAUGAGCUGGUGGGGUAAGAAGGUUUCUGAAGCUGAGGCUCAGCAAGAGGAAGUAAAGAAAUUGGGCACCAUCGAGGAAAAGAUAUUAAAAAUUAACAUGCCUCGCUACUAUGGUUGGAAGUGUCACCUCUUCAGAGAGGGUAAAAUCACGUACAAUAAUCUUAACAUGUAUCAGCACAUGACCAGAACGCAUCUGGUCAAUGGCCUUCCAGCAAUUUUCAACACCAAUGAAGUUGAAGAGUCAGCUAAGCAACUUGCUGAAGAAGUAAAAGCAGAUUUUAUCGAGGCCCUUGCAUUUGAAUGGAGUCGUCCUGCUGACCUGGAAGCGAAUGCCAGUCGCUGCGAAGUGGAGAAAGUCAAAACUCAGAGGAUUUUGGAGAGUCUCAACACGAUUAUGAUGAGCCGACUGCGGAGGCAUGUCCCCCAUCUAAGCAGUACUGUCACCGAUUCUCAGCCAAGACUGGAGGCAGCAUGGAGAGUUGGAGGCAUUGAGUUGGAACGGAAAGUUAGAGUAUUCUUCGAGUCCAGAGAAAAUCUAAAGAAAUGGUUGGACUGGCCCAGAGACAGGAGCAUCCAGUACCUCGGAAAUCCAGUUUUGCAUGUGCGCACAAACCAACCUCUUCAGCCCAUCAUAGGAGAUCAAGAAAGUAUGAAUGAGCAACUGGAAGUGCCACAACAUUCCCUGGAUCCGCGAUCUUAUGGAAAUAGUGAUGUCAGACGCUAUAUGACCAAUAUUCCUGGAUUCUGGCCUGGGGAUGAUCAUCGUUUCGGGAUUCUCUCGUUUCUUGGCCGUGAUUAUCAACUCUCGGAAAUAUUCGACACGCGUCCAGAUGAAGAUAGAGUUGAAAUGCUGCACUGCCAAGCAAUUAUGGCUUCCUUUGCUUGGCUCUUUUCUCAAGCAUGUUAUUUGGGAUUUUCCACCUACCAAGAUGUCACCUACCCAUUGGUGUCUCAGACAGUCAUCAGUAAUGGCCAACACUGGUCAUUCUACGCUUACCAGCUGAACACUACCUUGCUGCAUUUUCAAAAUACCGCAAAGAACCCUAAGAGAAACGUCUGCUGGAGUUCUCAACCUAUGAAGUUGUUUGAGUCUAUCGAUAACGGGCACGUGAAAGGUUUAAAUAUGGAUGUUGUGAAAACACUGGUGAAGUUUUAUCUCAACGAACCAAAGGAGAGGAUAGGAGUCAAUCUGACGCCAUAUUUGGACCCUGAAACCCCCAUGGUGUCUAAAAUUGAGGAAGAAGACAAACGUGUCUUUUUGGAGCACCUGUUCAAACAGGUCAGCCUCAACGGCGAGAAGCACAAACCUGAUCCUGAAUACUGGAAUUGGGAGUGGAUCUACAAAAUCAAGAAUAAGUCCCGGCCGCAAGAAGCUCGCAGGCGACCAUUUGAACUGUGGCAAGAUCCGUGGAGGCUUUCCUUCUACGAGCUGCCUAGAAAAUAUGUACCUAAGGCUCGUAGAAAAAAUCCAAAAAGCAACAAAGAAAAGUGGGCAAAGACAUACUACCCUUAAUUGUUGUUUAUUUUAAAUAAAUUAUUUAGUAAAUUCA